AUGGCGGACGAUAACAAAGUGAAUAGAAUCGGUAUGAAAACCACAGAAUGGUCUGUAUAUGUGAUUAACUUGUCACCCGAGGCCCGGGAGCGGUAUGUUACGAAACUAACGUAUCAAGAGGGUGAUUGUCGCUUGCCUGACCCCUAUUUUCUGGAUGGAUGGCUUGACGACCCUUCACAGUGGCCGGACAUUUCGUUUACCGACAUAUACUUCUUCCUCAUUGAUGCACCAGGACAGUUCACGCACGAUUCCUUACGGGCCUACAAGUCACUGAAAGCUUAUGAAUAUGUGAAGAGUGGAUAUGUCCAUCCGAUUCGAUAUCAUAAUGUGGAUGACAAGUCCCCAUUCUGUUUCCUGAAAACAAAGGUAAUUCCACCACAACGUCUGCGUGAGAAGCCACAUCAGCCUUGGAUUUGUGUCAGCAAAAAACAAGGUACCGUUUACAGUGCGCAUUGCACGUGUAUGUCAAAGCAAGGAGACCUUUGCAGCCACAUAGCAGCCUUACUUUUCAAAGUGGAUGCAGAUGUUAGAGCAGGUGCUACGUCAAAAUCAUGUGAGACAUGUACGUGGGAUGCAUCAUACCAUGAGGAGCUUUCUCCCACACCUAUUUAUAAGGCACAGAAACUCUUCAACAGCAGGCUCAAAGAGGAUGUUCAAACGGUGUCAGCAACAGGCAAAGCCAAGAUGGCUGACAUAGAGACCCUCAGGGCCCUCAAAGCCGUUUGCCCGGACGCCGUGUUCUUCUGUACAAUACCUCCAUUUGAUGAUGAAGAAAACUAAUGCAGAUAAAAGACCCACACUCUCUUUUUGUAGUUU